AAUUUGAUGAAAGAUUAUGUCAAGUUUUUUAGCGACUUGUUUAUCAAAGGAAUUUCCCUCUCUCCUUGUACAUACAAGUCAGUCGGAAGUGUUUCAAGGUAUCAUUUCUGUUUUCGAAGUUGACUAUUUUGUAAGAGUGGAAGUGGAGAGAACAAGGCACCAAAAAGUGAAAUUGUUUGCAGACAACCAGCUUCGACAAGUAUUGGAGCCUUAUUCUUCCAUCUUAGCUCGACUUUCUGAAACUUGUGAAAGCGCCGAAGACUAUUUGCUGAACUUGCGUUUGCUAAUAUCUCGUGCAACAGCAGUGACUCCUGUGAGUGAAGCUGGGAGAAAGUUACCUGGUUCCAAUUUGUAUCGUCGUCUUUUUGACGAACUAAAUCAAGUUGGAUGGGGUUGUAUUUUGUCCAUCUCUGAAGAUCUAAAGGAAAUAACUUUUGAAUUGGUCGAUGCAAAGGGAAGGAAACACUUGCUUCGUUGUGUGGUGACCGAUGACUAUCCAUCACAAGCUCCCCUGUGUUCCAUCGAGGCACCAGUCAACUUUUCUUUUUCAUGGUUUAAAGGUAGUCAACCAGAAAACGACAAUAUAGCGAAUAUAUACUGGCAGUGUGUGCAGUUCAUUCGCGAACAACAAGAAUUUGCGAAAGAAUUUGUACAGAAGGAUAGCAGUAGAUAGUCGAUGUUCGCUAUGGAUGGAG